GUUUAUUUACUUUACUUGUAUUAAUUUUGCAGAUGAUUCCAGACAUUUCUGGUAUUCUUAUUUGUAAAAAUAGAUGGGGUUUGACGUUAAUGCGUUAAUAGAUUAAUAUAAGAAGCACCAAAUAUGUGGAUUAGAGGGCGCAGUUUACGUCCAGGCCGGACAGAGGAUGAAGAUGAAUUUCAACUGGAUCUUACCAAAGAUUAUGCUGAGAGCAUCCGUGAUAUUCUCAUCAACCUUUGUAAGAAGCAAGGCACCACUUCUGAGAGAAGGAGACUCAGUUACUUGAAUGGUUUUGUCAAGAUAAUUACAAAGUGUGAAUAUGACUUCAGCAAGUUGGGAUUCACAGCUGAUGAGAUUUUAUUCUGUUUAAGGCCAUCAUUGCUACAUGACACAACACAGGUCAGGUCUGGAGGACUGCGCGCGCUACGUUACAUGCUUCGUACCAAACAUGAGGCUACUAUCUGCAUAAAACUUCAGUAUCCACUACUUGUAGCCAGGAGCAUGGACCUGGUGACUGGGAACGACAAUGAACGAGUACAGGCACUUCGUGUUGUGCGCAGGCUUCUGUGUCUAGAUGCCGCUCAGUUUCCAGUGUCCCUGGCUCGCUCCCUUGUCGCCAUCGCAUCCGGAGCGCCCGAAGAUCAUCUCAUGAACCUCUCUCUUGGCGCCCUCUCAGAACUAUGUGUACUGAACCCGCAGCUGCUGAUAUCUGUGGGCGGUGUAACCACAAUACUGCGCAGUCUGGCCAAUGUCCGUUCAGCUCGUAUGGCCGAGGCCAUGGUUGGUGCUUUACUGUACCUGCAGAAUCGUCCGGAAACAAGGCGUAGUGCGGCUCUGAACCUUGACUGUCUGGCUGCCCCCUACACUGACCUUCAGGCCAUCGACAAGGCAGCAAAAGAAAAGGAGGGUGCGAAUUACGACAGGUUCAAGUGGCCACAUGUUACAUUAUUAUCCACAUUGCGCUCAUGGCCGGGAGUACUGCACUUCUGCCACCCUUUGAAGGAUGGGCUACGCUCAAUAGUCGCAACGCUAUAUCUCAAUCAGCUGGAUGUUAGGAAAGCCGUGCUGGACCUGCUGUAUGAGCUGUUGUGCCUAGCCCAGCCGGAGUGGAGUGAUGAAAUCAGUGUGGCAAUGGAGGCUGUUGAUCCGUCCCGACUACAGGAGGCCUUUAAGUUGUCAGAAGGCUUUGUGGCUGCAGAGGGAAAGAUGGUCCUUCCACACCUUUCCAAAAGCAGAGUGAACCUGUCAGAGCUGCACCUGUCACUGUUGCUCUAUUGUUUCUUGGAAGCUGGACUACUAGAUGCUAUCGUGGAAGUGAUCAUCGCAGAAGACACUUUUUUGUCUGUACGAGCUACCAUACUACUUGGGGAGCUUCUACACUUGAUACACCUACUGCUUCCACCUGAAUGCUGUCACUUGACACCUUCGCUACCGAACCUACUGUCAUACGCUGUACGAGGCCGUCCACAUGCUGCUAUUAAGCCUGAUUAUUUUGACUCACCAGUUAUAUCAGUGUCUCCUGCCAACUCCAGCAGUGACUCCAAGAAGGACAUCCCCUCACUGCGGGUGGGAGUGCGGAGUGGUCACAGUUCAGUGCGGACAGUGUCUGAGAGCUCAACAGGGAAGCCUUGUGCUGGUGAGACUGGUGACAGACAUCUAGGCAGUGACCAUUCUCCACACAACUCUGAGCGGAAAGAACUGUCUGACUCCAAGCCUAAAACAAAACCUGACCAAACGGCUCACUUCUUGAAGGAUGUGCGUGAGGUGUUGGCGGAUAUGACAAAUGCUGCAGAUGUCAGGUCACCAUACAGGACAGUGAGAGGUCGAUUUUGGACCCACAGCGAGAUGGAUGGAUUUGGUGUUGGAACUCCACUCUCGGAACCUCCUGCUUGCAGUCGUGCCCAGCAGCGUGCCAUGGGGGCUGUGAUGGCGCUCUCACGACUGCACCGACUACUGCGACAGCGUCCUGCCCCCGCCAGCAUUCAUCUGGACCACGUUCUAGCAUCUGUCACCGGCCGAGCAGGGCCUGACGGAGUGGAAUUGGCACGUGCCAAAGGGAAGACACACAGCAGAAACAAACUGAACCAGAGAAAGUUUUCUACAAUUUCUUGGCAGCAGUAUAUUUGUAUACGAAGAGGACAAAGCGAACAUCAGUACAAGCUUUUGACAAAGGAGUGCGAUGAAGCGAUCAAAGAUUCCCAUGUGCUGACGAAUAAAGAUUGCUUCGGUUGGAACUGGGACAUAAUACGAGCUAUUCUGAAGAGCCGACCACAGUGCCUGCGUAAAUGUGAGGAGAGCAACCACCGCCAGUUCCUACGCAGGUUGGUACAGUUUGUGCUGCCCUCAUCACGCCAAAUGUCUCGUGUGGAUUUCAACACUGACCGACGUAAAGUCAACAACUACACACUCGCCGCCAUGGAGCUGUUGGAUUGUCUACUCUGUGGCUACCAGGAAUCGGAGUGUGACAAGUUGUUGUCAGAGCUGCUUACUGUGAUCAAGACACAGCUGGAAGCAAUCUCCACGGCCAAGUCAGUCCAUGAUUGCAUGCUGAGCCCUCUAGCUGUCACCAAUAGUCUUUGCCAAGACUACUUCCUACUGGUGGGCCAUCUGACUCGCUCCCAGGCGGGUGUCGACUUGCUCGACAACAUGGGUAUUCUACAAGUGCUGUUAUCAUUGGUAACCACUUCCAAACACGAUUGCUACGUUAAAUUGAUCAUCUCUAGUUUGGACUAUUCAUCUGAUGAGAGAAUCAGGAAUGUGAUGUCGAGCACACUUGUGUGCGAUCAAGACUCGUCACGAUUGUAUGCCACCAAAUUUCUGCGUGUUCUGCUGCGUACGCCACUUACCAAGCGUGCAGAUUACGCACGGUGGGUAGUUGAGCUACUCGCCACUCAGCUGUCAGAUAAGAACCGCGCUGUCUCACUAAGUGCCAUAGCUGCGUUGGAUGAGGCCUGCGAUGUUAAAGAGUACCUGGACGCUUUGAUCAACUUGCGACCGUCCCUCCUCCAUUUGGGUGAUAAAGGCCUUCUGCUCUUAAUUCGCUUUUUGUCCACCGAGAAAGGUUUCAACUACAUGAACGAGGCCAACUUUGUGUCAACACAACUGUCCAAAUGGGUUAAGUUCAACUACAAGUACGUGUGUAUUGUGGAGGGAGAGCUAGCCGAUGGUCUGACACUGGUGGAAAGAAACGAAGAUGGCCGUUACAGUUCACGUCUGAGUAACACCAAGCGAGUGCCUGGAGAUGUGUAUGUACCACCACACCUGUAUGGACAACUGACACAACACCCAGCCGGCCUUAACUUGCUACUGGCACAUGAGAACAUACCAAAACUUGUGCAGGUUGUGCUCCAAGGACUAUGUGGCUCUGACAAUGAGAUCAUGGACCUGAAGGCAGCUGUAUGGGCACUGGGACAUUUGUCCUGCUCUACUGGAGGGGCUCUGUGGGCACGUGCCAACGGAAUCACCAAGUCUCUAGUCGGUCUAGCCUGCACCAGCCCUGUCUACGCAAUACGUCUUGCGGCCUUCCACGCUAUUGCACUCACUGCUACCACUGUUGAGGGCGCCGACACAUUACUUACUCUGGGUUGGUAUACGGUACGACACAACCGAAACGAGCGCUGGCCCGUGGUGGCACCACUAAACCUCCUGGAGGACGCUCUGCUCCAGUACCAGGAGGACAAGUACUUGAACAGAGACUCCAGUGAGAGUACUGAUACCUCUGAGUCGACAACAAAGAAUGGGAAUGGUCUUUUUAUCCUUGGAGAAGACACAAUAACGGAGGGAAAUGAGUCCUUUAUUGGCUUUACAGCACGGGAACGAGCGAUGAGAGAGCGCAAAUCUGCUACACUCCCACCAGCAGGCUCUAGUCACACGUACCACCAUAAUCGCAGCUACAGUGAGAGUAAGGCGGACAAUGAUUGGCCCCGCAGCACCACCCCAGCACCCUCCCACAGUGGCUCGGAUAUCACAGACUUUAGGAAUGAGAACAUCAGGUUAUACUCUGAGAGCAGCACGAGUGGGACAAGCUCAGGAGGAGAAUCGUACCAGCCUCGUACUUACAUCAGUGAAAGACUAAUGCAGACUCUUAGCCCUAUUCCCAGUUCAGGCUCAAUAGCAACUGUGAAGUCCCAUAGAAGAAUCAGUGUUGCUUCAUCUCAAGGUCCUCAGCUGAGCCCACAGGACAUGAUGGGCUAUGCAGCUCUUCGGAAGAUCCAUCACAGCCGGCGCCCCAAGCUGUUUGCCUCACCCCAUCUCUCCCUUCACUUCUCUCAGUCAGCUCCCGCCCACUUGUCCCCCCUCUCACCCAUUGAACUGAUUGCCUUCCAGGACUGGAAGCAGAUGUCUCCGCUUGUCCGGCCCAAACAUCCUGACAACCAUCCAGUAGAGCCGCAGUUUGAAGUGAGUGGAGUUCAUUGUCCUCUGCCAAGCGACUCUCUUGCCCCACAAACCCUCCAUUACGAGAGCAGUCGCAGCUGUAUCGCUCCACCCCCAGAUGAUUCUGUUGAAGAGUCAACCGGCCCUUGUUACCUGGGAAUCUGCUUACCUCAACAUAUCAUAGAUCUGUUUCCUGUGGAGGAGCUCCCUGUUAGGCCUGAAGACCCUCAUCUGGACAACGCAUCCACCACAGGGAUGGAUGUGAGCUCCUGUGACUCAGAGACAGAUACUGGACCGGAGGGAGAGGCAGAUCGCUCAAUGACAAAACCUCGUCCAGUAGCUAAGCGCCGUCAUGAUCGUACUUCUUGUCUACUCUGUUCCGUCUCCAAAAUUGCCAACCCACGACAGACCCGUUGGCGUAAAAUAUCUGCCAGUUCUCAUCGCACGCGCACGGAGACUGAGAGCAGUUAUGGUGGUGCUGGAAACGAUGGUGAGAGUCCAGUCAUGGUGCAGUGGCAGAGUAAGGGUGGACUGGAGGGCAUCACCAGUGUAGAUAGUUCCAGCACUGACAUCACAACCACGGGUCCACGUUCUGUUGGAGACAACUUCAAGAGUAGAUCAGUGAUUCGCAAGGAGAUCCUCAGGCUGGCAGAUCAACUGUGCAACCCUGUCUUGACCAGGACCUGCAAACAGUCACUGCUCCAGUUGAAACAGCAGUACAGUGAUGUGUUCAACGAUGUUUGUGUAUAUUCGGACAUAUGUGCAAUUAUGGCUUCAGCAUCACUCAAAAUCACUUCCAGAAGGUUCCUGCAAGAAUUGUUCCUAGAUGCUCCAUUUUCUGAAAUCUACGAAGAUCCACUUGCUCUGUUGAGUGUCCAGAACAACACGGAUAGUGAAGAUGGAACCAUUGCAGAAAAAAUUUCUUUGGGAUCUGAAGCGUCAGUUGUAGAGGAUUCAAGUGCAGAGCCAAACACUUGGAAGAAUUCAGGUACAAAGAUGAACGGUUUCGACACAGAUCAAAGGGGACAGGGUUAUGAACUAGAGGUGAUACUGGAGAGUGAUGCCCGCAGCGAGAACAGUGACGUCUGUCGGAGUAGUGGUGGGUUGGAAGGGGGCCGCGGCCGUAGUUCGACAGGAGACAGUCGUUGCAGUGUAACACAUCUCGAGGAUGUGACAGAUAACGUACAAUCACAAACCACUGGAGAAGCAGAGUCCCAUAUAACUGUCUCCAGGAGUUCCCAACAACUCCGUAAAGAGUUUUUCAAUGCCACUUUAUCACCAGAAUCUACGUCAAGUAUGGAUAAAGGUAAAGUUCCUAAUUCUGAAAACAAAGCUGCUACAGAAAGUUUUGUAUCUAAGGUCGCAGACUCUAUUUCAAAAAGUCAGGGAAUGCUUGAAAUGAAAUUAAAUGCCAAGGAGGGGAGUAUUUUACAAUCACUUUCAUUGACAUCAAUAUCUCAGCCUGUGAUCACAUCAAUAGACAGUUCCACAUCAGAAUUACAGACUUUCAGCCAAAGUGUUGACAUUUCUGAAAGUAACGUAACACAAAAUGAAAGUUUUGAAAAGUUGAAAUCAGACAAGAUUGAAAAUAAAACUGUGAAUCAACAUCCAGUAGGGGAUCGAAGUCCAAGGAGUUUGGAAAAACCCAAGCAAGAUAAAAAAGAAAGGAUACUCACCCAAGAUAUACUAUCCAAAGAAACAAUAACGUCAGUUAACAAUGUCAGUAAAUCACCUCAACCAUUAGGUAAGUCAAAAAGAUUAAACAAUACAAAGCUGUUAACUCCUAUCAAAAGUGAAAUAACCUCUUCAAAAAAAUCCAAAGACCAAAUAACAUCAUUGAGUUCAGAUCAGUCAAACCAAAUUAAGGAUGGAGUUUCCUCCAAAUUGAAGACUGAAGUUAAAGUUGAAAGUUUAGUUAUAAAAAAAGAAAAUAAUAAAAGUCCCAGUGUUGCUGAUACUGGAAAUGAUGCAUCUACGUCUAAGGCGUUAUUAAAAUCCACAAAAUCUAAUGAGACACCACUCAGCACAGGAAAACCUCCGAUAGGUUCUGGAAGACAGAGAAGAAAAGCAACCACUAAAACUCCAAAUAAGGAUUCUCUAGAGACAGUAAAAAAGAAGUCAGAAUGCGAAAGUAGAUGAAAGUAACUCAGCCCUUGUAAAGGGCACCCAUCAUUAGUUCUUGUAAAACUAACAAGGUUUUAAAACCUGGUUUUAAUCCUGGUUGCUUAGCAAUAGCUUAAGAGCAAGUAGUUUUAGUUUUAACUUAUUUUGUUAAUGUAUUUCCAAUAAGAAAAAGAUUCAUGUAACAUCUUAUGAAAAUAAUAAGCUAAAUCACAAUAAAGAUUUAUAAAAUCCACAAAAAUGUAAA